AUGAGCAGAAAGAAAAAGCUUCUCUACUCUGAGCAGCUCCUGCAAGCUCGUCCAUUCCAAUUUCAGCUAAUCGUGGAACUCUGUAUCAUAAGUAUGGUUUCCUCGACAUAGAGGAUAAUCUCUGGCGGUCUAUGCAUGCUUUUUUCUAAUAUUCUCCAGUGUUUGUAGUAAGAGGGUUUAGGAUUGAUUCCAGUUAGGUGAAGCGCAGUUGUUUUGAGAUUGAUGGUAAGGUGUUCAUAGUGGAUGCAGUCAACUUGAUCCCAUGAUAGUUUGUAG